CCUUGCUCCGCAGACAAAAAUCCAUGGCGGGGAAAAGGAACGCAGAUAUCUACAUCUAAAGCUAUUCGUCUGCCAGCUUGAGCCGGGCAACAUUCCGUUCCUUCGCCGCUAGCUGUUUGAACCGACAACCCUGAAUUGGGAUCCUAAAGAACGCAUAUCAGACUCUCAUUAUGCCUUUGUCCAAGUUACAGGGAGUUAAGCUCCCCGCGUCGGCCGACUUCCAUGUUCACCUUCGGGAUGGUGAGAUGAUGGAACUGGUUACGCCUACUAUCAGACAAGGGGGCGUGAAUACAGUUUUUGUCAUGCCAAACCUUGUCCCGCCAGUGACCACUGUCGACCGCGCACUCGAUUACAAGAAGCGCCUACAAGCCAUUGAGCCCAAUGUGAACUUCCUGAUGUCGCUGUACCUCCACGAGACCGUGACCCCGGAAACCAUCAUCGAGGCCAAGAAGCGCGGCAUCACCGGCGUCAAGAGCUAUCCAGCCGGCGUCACCACCAACUCUUCUUCCGGUGUGGUGGAUUAUACCCAAUUUUACCCAGUCUUUGAAGAGAUGGAGCGUCAGGACAUGAUCCUGAACCUUCACGGAGAGGUCCCCUCGACAGGCGACGUAACCGUUCUCUCAGCGGAGGAGCGCUUCCUGCCCACCUUGCUGCAGUUGCACGAGCGCUUCCCGAAGCUGCGUAUUAUCUUGGAGCAUUGUACUACAGCAGCCGCUGUAGAAGCCGUGAAGAAAUGUGGCCCCACAGUGGCAGCAACCAUUACCGCACAUCAUCUUUCGAUUAUCAUCGACAGCUGGGCUGGUGACCCAUUCUGUUUCUGCAAGCCUGUCGCUAAAACGCCAGCGGAUCGUGACGCCCUCUUGCGGACCGCGGCGUCGGGCAAUCCCAAGUUCUUCUUCGGCUCCGACAGCGCCCCUCACCCCGCGGCUUCCAAAAGGGGAGGAGACAAGAUCGCUGCCGGUGUCUUCACUCAGCCAUACACAACCCAGGUCGUGCUCGACUCCUUCGAGCAAGCCUGUGAAAGGGGCAUUCUGAAGGAGGAAGACAUCACUCCGGAGAUAGUCGAAGGCUUCAUGAGCAAAUUUGGCCGCGCAUUUUACGGCAUCGACGAGGAGCAAAAGGAGUUCAUCACCCUCGAAAAGAAAGACGAAAAGAUCGUAAACAUCUUGCAGUCAGCCAACGUGGACGUGGUCCCAUUCAGACGGAACCAGCAGACAUGGAGCGUAUCCUGGUCCGCCUAGGCCCAAUUUGACCUUCAUGCCGAGAAUAGAUUCCUUUCACGAUAGC